CUACUCAUUCAGAAAUUACAUAAGAAUCUGAACAGAAUUUCAUCAAUAAUAUGAAUGUUCUUCAUCAUGCAGAACAGUUCUGACCUCCUCUACCAUAUCAUUUUGACCGUCAUCGACUUUCAUCUCGAGCCGUCGGGAUCCAAACGAGCAAUCUACAUUCUUGGCACUCGCGCGACCAUCGAAGCCGCCAAAGACUCGGCCUUUAGGGUUUUGCAUACGCUGAGAUACAAGCCCGAUGACUUUACCGAAUACACCGUCCAUUCAAGUCACACCGGAACCUGGGCUCACGGUGACGGCGUUCUCAUCUACGCUAAAGCACCCGCAGGCCAGGUAUUCCUUGUCUCUAUCCAGGCAACGCCUAACACCGAAGAGUUGCAAGCCGAUCACGAGGGUGCUAUCUUAGUACCCCACGGAAUAUCUUCGCUGCACUACGUGACACAGACGGUCAUCGACUAUGAUAAAGAUCGGACCGGUUGCGCGCAGGAGAUGCAGAUAGAGGGGACGUUUGUUCAUCGCGCUGAUGCCAGAAAAGCAGCGCGGAAGCUACUCGAUCCUCUGGACUAUAUAGAGUAUGACACGCCGGAGAAGAUGAAGGGGGAGUGGCCAUAUGGAGAACAUGUGCUUGUGCAUGCGGUCGCGGAGAAUGGAGAGAAUACCACUGUUGAGAUCAAGACUGUUGUUAAUACGCACCACAAACAUGGAAAGGAUAUUUAAGGAUGCAUUAGUGGGAGGAGGUUUGAGUAGCGACUUGGUGAGGUAAUUUUCCUUUGCCUGGGUGUUAUGAACUCUGAUUGAGAAAUUGUAUGAAUAUGAUGGUGCUGGCUAUUUGGGGUUUGUGUUUCUGGAUUAGCAUAUUUGUCAUUAUCUGUCUUGGUCUACCAAAUUGAACAAUUUCUGCUUCUCUCUGUUCAUGAUCUGAUAAAAUUAGUAUUAAUGCCCCGGUAUUUCCAUAAGAAUAUACAAUUUACUG